UCCAACAGCCAUGGCACUCGCAACGUUCCUCUUGGCGAUACAUCAACUCAACUACACGGAAUACCUAACAAGCAUAAAUCAACCGAUCCGCGAAUUAUUAACCACAUCAAAGUCCUCGGACGUGCUCUUCAUCGUCCACGACCCCACCUCCAACAACUCCGAAAUAAUCGAAGACAUGUACCGAAUCGUGGUCCAAACUUCUCCAACCACUUUCGUUUACUUAAAUCGCUCCGACACGAACCUGUCGUUCCACGUAUCUCGAAGAACUCUGAUAUUCUAUCUUUUCUUCUCGAAGAGUUCUCCAAACGUGAACGAAUCGCAGGAGAUCGCGAACGUGAUUUCGCGAGAGGAGACUCGUCAGAAGGUUCUUCUGAUGACUUUUCUCGAAGAACGCGACUGUAAUUUUGAGUCCCUUUUUGUGCAACUGUGGCGCAAACAGCUGAUCAACGUGGCGAUUCUGGAGCUACCAAGAUUUGAGAAUAAAGAGAGGCAAAAAAUAAUGUUGCAUCGAUACAACCCCUUCUCGAAGGACUACGACCGACAAGUGUACACUUCGGGCAUCGAAUUCUUCCCCGACAAGGCGAAGAACCUCCACGGUAACCCUAUGAAAAUACUGCUCUUCCCCAGAGCCGCCAUUCCCGCCGUGAUCACCGACUCGCAAGGUCGCGUCGUGAAGAUCAGAGGCCCAGACGCGAAGAUGCUAAAUACCUUCAGCAAGGUUCUGAACUUCACCCCGAACAUGUACAAAGUUCCGACCGUCGAUUUUUCCUUGCACGGCACGAUGGCGGUCGAGGACAUCGAUAUUUCGUUGUCGUUACCCAUUUUCAGUUCCAACAUGUCCAGCGAGUACACCUUGCCUCUGCACCACGAGCACUGGUGCGCGGUCGUGCCGAUCAGUUACACGUCGAAACUGAUCGAGACGCAAGCCAUCAUCGGUACGGUCGUGAACUACGUAAUCGUCCUGUCGUUCUGGGCCAUAUCGCGUAUGCUGAAGCUCGACCGAAGGUACUGGCAGCCGCUGAAGAUCUUCGGCAUGAUACUCUGCCUGUCGGUGCCGAUUAAAUCUAGGAGAGCCAUCGAGAGGAUUUUGCUGUUCGCUAUUUUUCUGGCGUCGUCGGUUCUGUCGACGAACCUGUACGCGGACCUCACCACGUCGCAUAUUAAGGGCUCGGAGCAGACGGUGUACAAGGACUUCAAGGAUAUAGAAGACUCCGGGCUGAUACCACAAAUAUUGAAACCGGUGUACAACGUGACUUUUAAGAAUAACGAUGAUCCGUAUUUUGUUGGGUUGAAGAAGAAGACGGUGCCUAUCACGAACAUGAGCGACUGCUUUUAUAAUUUGGCGAGGUACAAGAAUGUUACUUGCUUUAUGGAGAGGAAAUUUGCGGAUGUGAUGAUUUAUUCGUACUGGAAGAAGGGGGAGAAUAGUAUGGUCGUCUGCAGUAAUCUUUGUUACGCGAAACCGCUGGCCGCGUAUUAUACGAAGAAGAACUCGCCGGUUGUUGAGAAAUUGUCGCUGAUCGUGAUGCGGUUGAAACAGUCCGGGUUGCAGCAUAAGUGGAACAUGGAUUUUACUGGUAAAUUUUCGGUGAGGAAGACGCAUUUGAUGAACGUGAAUGAUGAUAGCAAGCCGUCGUUGGUGGGGAAGCUGAUACCGAUUGUGACCUGUGGGUUUUUUCUGUCGAUGGUGGUUUUCUGGGCUGAAUUAUUGGUCGGUGGUAGUGAGAACGAGGAAGAGUAAGCAGGGGGGAAAAUAUUGAUGGUCGUUCGUUGUUUAAUAUUUGUGUAGUGUGUUUACUUGGAAUUGAAUCUAUGUGUUAUAUGUAAAGUCUUGUAACUUCAUGUAGGACUUAUGUCUUGGGGAUUCAUGUUAGAUUCGUAUGUGGAGAUGUUAAUAGUUUUUGAGAGUUGAUGUAUUUAGAUUAGGGUCUACG